AUGUCAAACUAUGACAUCGUCAUUGUUGGUGCUGGGCCGGUGGGUCUGAUGCUAUCGUCGUGUCUGGCAAGAUGGGGAUACAAGAUCAAACACAUCGACAACAGAGCAGAACCGACGGCGACCGGCCGCGCAGACGGCAUCCAGCCCCGAUCACUGGACCUGCUCCGGAACAUGGGACUCAAACGACAGAUCAUGGCACACGAGCCUGCGAAAGUUUACGAGGUGGCCUUCUGGGACCCUGCAUCCAAGGGGAUUGAGAGGACUGGCACGUGGCCCAGCUGUCCAAAGUUCAUCGAUGCGCGAUAUCCGUUCACGACGCUGCUGCAUCAGGGGCUGAUAGAGCGGGUGUUCAUCGAGGACAUUGAGAAGAACGGCACGCACAUUGAUCGUCCGUGGACAAUCACUGGCUUCAAGAACGACGGCAAGGAUCCCAAGUAUCCUGUUGAGGUCAGCCUGGCGCACGUGGACGGCUCUCAAAAGGAGACGGUGCGAGCAAAGUAUCUGUUCAGCGGCGAGGGCGCCAGGAGCUUUGUGCGCGAGCAGCUCAAGAUUCCCAUGAUCUACAGAGACCCUAUCGCGCAUGUUUGGGGUGUGAUGGACGGUGUCGUCCGGACGAACUUCCCCGACAUCAAGAUGAAAUGCACCAUCCACUCCGACACCGGGUCCAUCAUGGUCAUCCCGCGCGAAAACAACAUGGUCCGGCUGUACAUCCAGAUCGCCUCGUCGACAGACAAGGACUGGAACCCGCGCAAGACGGCAACGGCAGAGGAAGUGCAGGCGCACGCCCAGCAGAUCUUCAAGCCCUACCACAUCUCCUGGGACCGCAUCGAGUGGUUCUCCGUCUAUCCGAUCGGGCAGGGCAUCGCGGAGCGCUACACGCUCGACGAGCGCGUCUUCAUGGGCGGCGACGCCUGCCACACGCACUCGCCCAAGGCCGGCCAGGGCAUGAACACGGCCUUUCUCGACGCCGUCAACCUGGCCUGGAAGAUUCACCACGUCGAGGCCGGCCUGGCAUCGCGCGCCCUCCUCGCAACCUACGAGUCCGAGCGGCGCGAGAUUGCAGACUCGCUCCUCGCCUUUGACGCCAAAUACGCAAAGCUCUUUUCCGAACGCCUGCCGUCCGCCGGCGAAGUCGGCGCCGCAUCCUCCACAUCCACAUCAUCCCCCCCCGCCGCCCCCGAAAACGCCUUCAUAACCACCUUCAAAGAAUCCUGCGAAUUCACCUCGGGCUACGGCGUCGCCUACGCGCCCAACCCGCUCAACUGGUCCCCCGACCACCACCCCUUCCAGCACCCGCUCUUCCGCUCCCGCGCCGGCACCGGCACCGGCACCACCACCCUCCUCCGCCCCGGCCGCAUCCUCCCCCCGGCCACGGUAACCCGCGUCGUCGACGCAAACGAGCGCCACCUCGAGCACGAAAUCCCGCUCAACGGCGCCUUUCGCCUCUACGUCAUGGCCGGCGACGCCGUGCACCGUGCGCCUGCGCGGGCCGCGCUCGCGGAUUUCGCGGCUUGCGUGGCGGCAAAGGGCUCGUUUUUGCGCUGUUUUGCGAGGCCCGGUGCGUUUGCGGAUGGUGCUGGUGUCUCCUCGUCUACGGAUGGUGCUGGUGUCUCGUCUUUGGAUGCUGCUGCUGCUGGUGAUGCUGCCGAUGAUGCAAGCACCGCGUACGCCGCAUCCCCAGCAUCAUACCACGAGCGGCACACGCCGCACUCGCCCUUCUUCAGCCUUGCGAUCGUGCUGGCGGCCGCGCGGCGCGAUAUCGACAUUGCGCGCGAUGUGCCGGGGGUACUGGCGCGGUAUCGCGAUAGCGUGUAUGCGGAUGAUGUGUGGGAUGCGCGGGUGCCGGAUGCGGGGGCGGCGGCGCAUGCGAAGUUUGGGGUUGGGACGGAGGAGGGUGCGGUGGUGGUGGUGAGGCCGGAUGGGUAUGUUGGGUGUGUGGUUGGGUUGGUGGAGGGGAGGGGGACGGUGGAGGCGUUGGAUGGGUAUUUUGGGGCGGUUGUGGGGAGGCGGAUUGGGGGGGAGAGGGCGGGGUUGUGA